UGCCGAUGUGGAAGGUGACGGCCUUCAUCGGGGCCAACAUCAUCACCGCUCAGGUCAUCUGGGAGGGUCUGUGGAUGAACUGUAUCACCCAGAGCACAGGGCAGAUGCAGUGCAAGAUUUAUGACUCCAUGCUGGCUCUACCUCAGGACCUGCAGGCUGCCAGAGCCAUGACAGUCAUUUCCAUCAUCCUGGGCAUUCUGGGAGUCCUGAUCUCCAUCGUCGGAGCAAAGUGCACCAACUGCAUCGAGGACGAAGCAGCCAAGGCCAAAGUGAUGAUCAUCUCUGGGAUCUUCUUCAUCCUCGCCGGCGUUUUGGUUCUCAUCCCUGUCUGCUGGUCGGCUCACACCAUCAUUCAGGAUUUCUACAAUCCAAUCCUGAUCGACGCUCAGAGGAGGGAGAUAGGAGCAUCGCUCUACAUCGGCUGGGGAGCAGCUGCUCUGUUCCUGAUUGGAGGGGCCAUGCUGUGCAGCCGCUGCCCACCAAAUGAGGAGAAGUACAAACCACCUCGUAUGGCCUACUCCGCCCCACACACUGUGAGCACAGGUGGGCACAAUAAAAGAGACUAUGUUUAAACAGACACAUGGGGAAAUUCAUACAUAAAAYAGAUCAAUUGUUUGUUGAAAAUGCAUUUGUCUGGAUUUUGUGUUGCUGUCUGAAACCACAGAGUGAACCUUUGGAAAGACUCCAAGAUGAAGGUUUUGCACAGAUACUGAUCUUUCUGAUUUGUUUUUGUCUUGAUUUUUAGAAAAUGACUCCAUUUCUGUAAAGUAAGAUAAUUAAAUAUAGAAAUAUAAUAUUGAAGUCACUUAGCUAUCACCUGUUGUUUGCUUGGCUGGAGGGUCAAGGUCAAAUUUAUAUAAGCAACACAACUAAAGUGCUGUGUACACAUUGCAGUAAAAUUAAAAAAGGAAAAUCGAAGUUACACAUACAUGUGGGUAUAACGUUUGAAUAAAAGCAUGAAACCAAACAAGAAAUGAGAACCUCCGUCAGAACUCAGGGGAUUUAGGCAACUCAAAUCUUUGUGAAACAUAAGUGAAAGGAACAGCUGCAAUCUAAGAUAAAGAUUUUAUCCCUGACAUCUAUACAUACAAACUAGAAAAAAAACCAGAAAAUUUUAAAUAUUCAGCAUAUUUUGUAUAAUUGUGUGAACUCAGAAUUCACACUUAUGUUUUCCUGUUUAUAUUGUUUUUAAAGUCAAUCUUCUUCUGUACUUAGUGCUAUUUUUAUCAUUCACAUAUGAAAAUAUCCRGCUCAAUCAGUAAUGGUGUGUUUUGAGUUUUGGAUUUUGUAACUUUUAUGCUUUUUAAAAUAUUAAACUUUAUUUUAAAUAUCCUAACUAAAAUGAAUUGUGAUCUGUUUAUUUAGAAAUUUUGUUUUCUUUGAAAUCUGCUUUAGUAUAUUUUCUCUGUUUUUGUCUUCUUAUUCUACUUUCUGUUACCGUUCAGCUACUUUAAGUAACUGUUUUGCUACCUUUAACUAUUUUUGCUAGCUAUUUUUACCAAUUUUUUGCUACUCAUUUAACUACAGUUUUGUUAAACUGUUAGGUUUUUUUAGCAUUAUCUGUUCUGCUACUUUUAGCUGCUUUACGUGAAUUGURGCAUCUUUUCUUAUUUUAAUGACUGUUAUGCUCCUUUAAACUCCUAUUGUUGUGUUGGUUUGGUUGUUAGCUUUUUUCCAGCUGCUUAUGGUAAUUUUAGCCUCCUUUAUUUAUAUUUUAGCUUUUCUUCAGCAUGUUUAACUUUAAAAACUCAGUUUUAGAUUUUCAGUACAUAUUAGUAAAGUCAUUCAGGAUUCUSACUACAUUUUUGCAUAAAAGUUACAUACAGUCUUUUUUAAUUUCUGACAGUAACRCUUUUAAAGAUUAAUAGUUGCUGAAAAACAUCUAAAACGUCUUCUAAGGAUCAGUAAAGUCUUAUCUUAAAGUCACCUUCAUACUUUAUUUGUGUUCACAAUAGAAAGACAUAUUUGAUUUGAUUGAUUUGAUUUCAUUUAUUUAUUUAACAGGAAAAGAUAACUAAAAAUCAAG